UUCAACAUGGCGCACCAUCACAACUACCCACAGCAGAAGAUGACGGUGGGCAUGUGGAAGGAGUGCUGGAAUACCUCAGAUGUGGACUUCCACAACCCAAAUCUUAAUGAACUGUUCUUAAAAUAUAACAAGAGCAUGCUAACAAGGCCUGGCAUGAAAAUAUUUGUGCCACUGUGUGGAAAAGCAGUGGAGAUGAAAUGGUUGGCGGAUCAUGGCUAUAAAGUGGUGGGACUGGAGGUAGCACCUGUUCCUUGCAAGGCAUUCUUUGAAGAAAAUAACAUUCCUUAUGAGGUCUCAGAGAUUGGGGCCAUCCAUGGGGAGAAGUAUGAAAGUUUGGAUAAAAAAAUUGUCAUUUAUUCCUGUGAUUUUUUUCAUCUUACUGUGGACAUUUGUGGAGAAUUUGAUGGGAUAUGGGAUUGUGGUGGCCUCAAUUCUAUGGAAGUCGAAGACAGGGUGUCCUACAUUCACAGAAUCCGAACCUUCAUGGGAAAAGGGUGCAUCAACUUGACCGAAUUUGUGAACUUUGACAAGUCUAUUAGUGAUAUUCCUUGGAGCAUGUCCAGGGAGGACUUACAGAAAGGCUUUGGGGAGGGGUUCAAGGUGGAGGAGUUAACAAAUGAGGAGGCCUCUCAGAUAUACAAGCACCAGGGCUGCUCCUCAGUGGUGCUCUUCAUGAUCACCAAGAUCUAAACCUAAAAUGAAAGUACCAACUACCAUCAGGUUCCAGUUUGAAAACCAGUUUCAAUGUUGUUAUUUCUUUCAUUACUAUUUUUUGCUCAAGGACGUUUUUUUUUUUAAAUCAUGGAAACAACUCAGUUUAAAGAUAUUUUAUUUCCUCAGUGCCAUACUUCAGAUUCUUCCAUUAACUUCUGAUUCAACAGGCAGGUAUGAUUGUCAGGAGAAUUACGCAAUGAGAUUAAGAGAGACAAAAUUUAUCAGUUUAUGAACAUGGUUUCAGCUAGAUCAAUAGAAAGACUAGCUGCAACUCAGCCAUUAUCAUAAUUUAAUCUAAACCAGCUUCUAGAAAAGUCAUAUUCAGUAGGCAUGAUCAAGUAAUGGAUUUCAAAUUUUAUCUACUAGUAUUUUGAAUUUAUUCUUUCAAAUUUACUAUACAUUCAAAAUAUGUUGGCUUGGUUCUGUUUAACAAAUUUCUAGAACUGAGAAGCAAAAUGAUGAGUAAUGUAAUAUAAAUGUGGGUUGUGUUUAAAUGUGAAAUAACUCAGUUUUAAGAGUGACAUUUAUUAACAGUAUUUAGGAAAUCAUUACUCAGGUUUAAUUUUUUUGAUUGCUCUGUUGUUUUUGUCUUCAGUGCAAUCUUGAUAUUUGUACAAGAUUUAUUUCCUUUAUCAAAAUCCAUUUAUUUGUUCGCUUAGGCUGAAUAGAGCAACAUUUUUUUUUUUUUUUUUUUUUUUUUUUACUUUUGCAAAAUGUGUAUUAAAUUUUUUUCCUAUGAACAAGCAUUAUGUAACGUGGACAAAUUAAUACAUGUAAGAAAUGUCGUUUGCAUUCAAUUUUUGUGCUAUAAGUUUACAGUGCCAUAUAUGUGAUAUAUAUAGUUAUACAUACUUUUAAUACUGUACAAUAUAUACAAUUGUAUCAGAAUAACAGUUUCCUUGUAUUUAUGAAACAGACUGCUGUAAAUCACUCUUUAUCUGCAAACCUUUAUCAUGGUUAUAUUUCUGUGUCAUUACAAAACUGCCUGAUGGAAUUUUUUUUCUUUCAUAUUGAAUUGAGAAAAUAAUUUCUUGUUUAAUAAUGAUUAUUUACUUGCCAAAACUCACAUUCCUGAAAUUUUUUCCUUGCAUUUUAAUAUCAUAUGACCAUGGAUGGUCACUAUUUCAUGGAAAUAAAGGUGUUGCAAAAAUAAAAGGUGAUCUAGCUGAAGCAUAAAAAUGUAAAAUUGAGUGAUAUAUUACAAACACACCAAUAAAUACUUUCAACAAAACAAACAA